ACCGAUUAACCAAAACGAUCGGAGCCUUUGUAUCUAUUUAGGUGGACUAUUAUUUGUUGAAGAAAAUUUCAAAGGUUUGAAUUCACAUUUCAGGAAAGGCGAAAACCAAAAAUUGCUGUGGAUGAAUGAAGGGGUACGUGUCCAUCUAAGUGCCGUUAUUACUAGCGGGAAAAAAAAUGAUUGUUGAAGUAUGAAAUGAAAAUGAUAGAGUAGUAUGUUGAAUAAUAUUAAAUAAGAUCCUAUUAUUAUUUGGAAAAUGAUAAAUCUUGUUUCAGUUCUAUUAUAUAUAUAAACCCCAUUGAUAGGAACCAAACUAAGAUCUUACCACAGUCGAACCAAUAAAAUUUUGACUAAUAUGGCACCAGCUCAAAACCCAAUCAGUUCUCAGCACGUGGCAGUCAUCGGAGCUGGAGCAGCUGGUCUGGUAACGGCUAGGGAGCUCCGUCGUGAAGGUCACACUGUCGUUGUCUUUGAGCGGGAGAAACAAGUGGGAGGUCUCUGGAUCUAUUCACCCAAAGCCGAAUCCGACCCGCUUAGCCUCGACCCGACGCGAUCCAUAGUCCACUCGAGCGUCUACGAGUCUCUCCGAACCAACCUCCCACGAGAAUGUAUGGGUUUCACGGACUUCCCUUUUGUGCCACGUUUCGAUGACGAGUCAAGAGACUCGAGACGGUAUCAGAGCCACAUGGAAGUUCUUGCGUAUCUUCAAGACUUUGCUAGAGAGUUUAACAUAGAGGAGAUGGUCCGGUUCGAGACCGAGGUGGUUCGGGUUGAACCGGUUAAAGGGAAAUGGAAGGUCCGGUCUAAAACCUCCGGCGAUAUUUCCAACGAUGAGAUCUUUGACGCCGUUGUGGUUUGCAAUGGACAUUAUACAGAACCAAACAUCGCUCAUAUUCCUGGUAUAAAAUUGUGGCCAGGAAAACAGAUCCAUAGCCACAACUACAGAGUGCCUGAUCCAUUCGAAAACGAGGUGGUGGUGGUGAUCGGAAAUUUUGCGAGCGGUGCUGAUAUUAGUAGGGACAUAUGUAAGGUCGCAAAAGAAGUUCACAUUGCGUCUAGAGCGAGUGAACGUGAUACAUACGAAAAGCCUCCGGGGCCUCGCAACAAUCUAUGGGUUCAUUCUGAGAUAGAUACCGCCAGUGAGGAUGGGUCAAUUGUUUUCAAAAACGGGAAAGUGGUAUAUGCUGAUAGCAUUGUGUAUUGCACCGGGUAUAAAUAUUACUUUCCAUUUCUUGACACCAACGGCUAUAUGAGCAUUGAUGAAAACCGCGUUGAACAUCUAUACAAGCAUGUGUUUCCACCCGCGCUUGCCCCCAGUCUUUCUUUCGUGGGGCUACCAGCAAUGGGAAUACAAUUUGUUAUGUUUGAAAUCCAAAGCAAAUGGGUGGCAUCAGUCUUGUCAGGAAGGUUUACACUACCUUCACAAGAUAAGAUGAUGGAAGAUAUUAUUACAAGUUAUGCGACGCUUGAUGCGUUAGGUGUUCCCAAGAGAUAUACGCAUAAAUUGGGUAAAAUUCAGUGUGAGUACCUUAAUUGGAUCGCGGAAGAAUGUGAUUGUCCACUCGUUGAACAUUGGAGAAAUCAAGAAAUCGUCCGUGGAUACCAGAGACUUGUCUCCCACCCUGAAACUUAUCGUGAUGAAUGGGACGACGAUGAUCUUAAGGAAGAAGCUUACAAAGAUUUUGCUACGAAGAAGUUGAUUAGUUUUCAUCCUUCCUAUUUCCUCGAAUCAAGUAUAUGACUUUUAUUUUUGGGGGAUGGGGAGGAGUUUGAUUUUAAGAAGCAUAAGGAUGUAACGAUGGCUUCUCUUCUUAAUUAUUUAUGGUUAAUUGCUUA